AUAUAAUUCUGAAUCACUGAAUGAAAACAUACUCAUUUGUCGUUAGACCCCAGAGUCAACUCGUCAAAAAAUGUUGAAGGUUAUCACGUUGCUUUUCCUCGUAGCUUUGAGCUACGCCCUUCUUGUGGCAGCCGAAAAAAUCGACCCCAACGAUGAAGAAGUGGUGAAAGCCGCCAAUGAGGUCGCCAAGGUGUUGUCCAAGCAAUUCGCUGGAAAGUACCACCACAGGCUCGCAAAGGUCCUUAAGGCAAAUAAGCAGGAAUUUUUGGGCGGUACCAACUUCGAGAUGGACAUCGUAGUCGGGCAGACCAGCUGCGAGAAAGACGAAUACGCAUACGAAGAUACUGCUGAUUGUGAUUUCAGGACCGGAAUAAGCACCUUCAAGAAAUGCAUCACCAACGUUUUCCAGAACUCUGACGGCACUUACAAGGUGGGUGCUAAGGGAUGCAUUCUGGCCACCAAGAAAGAAAUCGAAGGAAUCUAAGCAGCCUUUUCUUAAAAAAAAAAAAAAGCAAAAGUGCAUGCCGCUUGAAUUGCCUGCAGUUUCUCAAUUAUAGCACCGAUUGUAAAAUGUCAUUUCUAGUGAAUAUCUGUAUAAAUGUGUCUGGUCAUCGAAUAAUUAAAACUUUUCUUUAUC